GCAAAAAUAGUAAUGUUGUUUUUAAUACUGCCCAUAAUGGGCGUUAUAAGUAAUUUUCAAGGCAACCAAAAAUUGACUAGAGUAGAACGGGACGAUCCUCAAUAUAGACUGAAUGGUUACCCAAACCUACCAAACUGUGACAGUGAUAUUGACUAUAUCAAAAGCCAAAAAUUAACAGUGAAAGAGCCUUUGUCAAUGUUCCCUAAAUGGGAGAACUGGACCGAGGAGCGUUUACCAAUUAAUCCAAUCAAAAACUACACAUGGAAGUACAGAAUGGUAAAAAUAGUGAUUAAAGAUGGACAAGAAGUCGAGAAACUUAUCGACAUUUCCAAAUGGUUGGAGGACGAGGGAUCAAUAAUUACAAUACCCAAAUACGGCAUCACUCCCGGACAUUACAUAAUCUAUCCUUCCGCAACCCUCAAAAGGCCUGAAGAUAGGUUACGCCCCCUUAACAAAACCAAGUGUCAAUUCUUCUACUUUGGUCUACCACCCGUUGUUGUCAUUUCUGGAGGAAAUCGCAGAAUCGUCGCUAGCAACACCGACAUUAAACUCAACGGAGAAGAAUCCUUCGAUCCGAACGAGAAAAUAAGAACAAAUGAGAAUUUCCAGUACUCCUGGAAUUGUUCUCAGAAAAAACAACCCCCGACUUUCUGCACCUCUGACGUUCUUUCCACCAAAAGCAAAUUACGGAUUCCUGCCAGUUUCGUCGAAACGGGUGACACGUUCACAGUCACGUUGACAAUCUUGACAACUUUUGACAGCAAUGAUACUUUCACUCAAACCAUUGACGUGAUAGACAACGCGGCCCAAAUUGAAAUCACUUGUGAAAAAAAUUGUCCCCCGGUUUCAGACACUUCGAAUUAUCAGUAUCCCACUUUUUUGAGAGCUAAGUGCAUGUCUAAUUGUCGUGGUAUUAGAGAUGUGCAUUAUGAGUGGACUAUUGAACGAAAAGACGACCAAGGUUUUAAUUUCGACUAUAACAAAAAUACACAGUUUGGUCGCAAAGGGACGAAAUUUUUUAUUUUUAAAAAUGUGUUAGUGUCUGGGACUUACGGUGUGAGCAUGAAAUUGACAGAUUCGGCGCCUCGUGAAGGUGAAGCUAUAUUUACUUUGGAGUUUGAGUAUCCACCACAGGUUGAUUCUUGUAAGUUAAUACCCAGUGGUGGGCAAAGUAUGUUGACACUGUUUAAGGUAAACUGUUCGCAAAGUAGUGCUUACCGCACUUUGUAUGAAUUUGUGGUUAAGGACAAAAAUGAUUUGUCCAAGGAAGAACUUAUUUUAGAAGAAUAUUUUCCCGGAGUUUUUGGUGUCCAAUUUCAACUACCACCUUCAAAUAAUCACGUUUUUUUGAUGAGGAUCUCGUACCAAGGUGGACCUCCAAUUGAAAUAACUAUAAAUGCAAAUGUCGCAAAGAGUACAGUGUCUGCUAAUGCUUUCGACAAACUGUACAACGGAGAAGACGAAACCUUUUCGAUCCCUGCAUUGCUAUCAAAUCCUGACACACAACUGAAAAAAGCAGGCCUUCGUAAAUUCCACGCUUUGAUAGACCAGUUGAUAAUCACAAAAGCCGACGAUCAAGAAAUGAAAGAUUUUAUUGACAACCUAAAGUAUCAAGCUGCUACUGACAUUCUCAAUGCACCCGUUAAUUCCGUCGGCGAAGUGGCCCAAAUUACUGAAGCUAUAACGAAACUGAUGACCCAUGAGGAAAACCCAAAGUCUGACCCCCUCCUUGCCAAGUUUAGCACAACAGUUUGCAAAAAAAUGGCAUCUAAGCAAAUAGAUCUUCUCAGAAAGGAAAAAUUUCCGCUCAACUAUGGAGACAAGGCAGAAAAAGUGUCGAAUACGUUGACCCAAUGUCUCGAAACCAACACUAACCCGAAUUUUGACGCCAUCGCGCCAAUUGAGCGCAAUAUCAGCACCGAAGAACCUCUCCUUUCAGACACCGUCGUUACAGAAAACUACGACAACUACGUCGACUUUAACGAAAACUACUACGAAAAUUUGGAAAAUUUAAAAGAAGCGACCUUCAACAUCAUCAACGCUACAAGUAUGUCGGCAAAAGUUCUAGCGUUGACGACAGCGGUCGGCGAAAAGUUUAUAGAAGUUUUCGGCAAAAAGAGCGCCACUGUUGUAGCUAAAGACGAAGGAGAAGUUUUAGCUGAAAGUAAAGUUCGUUCACAAGGAGUGACUUUGAUUCCAUCGCCUGACUUUGCUGGUGACGAUCACACUUUUGAUAUUUUGAUGUCGACUUGGAGUAACGAUAUCUUGUGGUGGAACCGCGCCAAAACGAAAGUGGCAACAGAUAUCGCGAGUAUUGAGUUUUGGCAUUCGACGUGUAAGCAACGAAUUAGCAAUUUCAACGAACCGGCACAACUUAUAUUUAAAAUUAAGGACGAUGUCAAAGAUAAAGUGAUAUUCAAUGAAGAAACAUUUCUUAUUCCGGAAGAAUACGAACAAUUGUUUGGUGAAGAUCUAAGCCGAUUGAUCAAAGUCAAAAGAAUUGCGCUACCAAAAAAGUGGCUUUUGCAAAUCCACUUGUUACAACUAGAUGAAACUGAUGCGCUAGAUGUGGUGAUCACCAACUUUAAAUUCCCGACGGCAGAAGAUUUUCAAAAUAGUACCACAGUCUUCUGGAACGAAAAUUCCUUUUUGAACUUAAAGAAUGAUGACGAUUUUGAUAUCUGGUGCUAUAUUGGAAUUUUGGCAAAUAAGGAGUACGUGGCAAAAAACUCUCUCCAGUCUAUAACAUUCAAGCUUGGUUUUUCGGGCGCUUGUUGUGUUCAUUGGGUAGAAUCGACUAGCGUUUGGAGUCCUACGUGCAACGUAAGUAAAGUUAACUUAUCUGAUUCUAGUAACGUUACUUAGCUAGCAAUAGCAAGCGAAGAAGAUACCAUUCAUUGUUUUUGUACAAAUUUUUCUAUUAUUGCUGGAUACGUCGAGAAUGUUAAAUCAGAUCAACAAGAGGUUGUUCUCACCGAAUUGGAACUAGAGCUACAAUCAACAUACAUAAUUUUUAUAACUGUUGCGGCAAUUUUUGCACUCUAUUGCAUACUACUUCUCUUGAUACUAAUUCGAAACAAAGUUGAAAUCUACUUCUUAAGCGACAAUACUCGUAAACACCGCUUUGGGUACUUAUUGUCUGUAAGAACCGGCACUGGACGCUAUUCCGGUACUACAUCUAACGUAACAGUUCGCCUUGUGGGAAACAAGAGAUCUAGCGAUGUCCGUUCAUUAUUUUUAACUGCGAUUUAGUUAAUAUUUAUUUCAGGCUCAUGUUUUAAACUACCCAGAUCCAAAAUUGCGUCUGCUGCAAAAAUUUGGCCAAGAUAU